GGUGAGCGUAAACUGUUUCUCCGUGCGUAUUUUGUCACUCCAGGACCAGCGUGGACAACACUGACCUUCCAUCAUGUCUGAGGACUACAGCAUCAACACUGGACAGAAGAAGACAUUUGCUAUCCUCGACUAUGUUCUUUUGAGUCUCACCUUGGGAGUAUCGGCUGGAAUCGGACUUUUCUAUGCCAUCAAAGAUAAAAACAAAGUUAAUUCUAAAAAUUACCUUUUGGGCGGUAAAGAUAUGUACGUGUUUCCCGUGGCGAUGUCGAUGCUGGUGACAUUUCUCUCUGCAUUGACGUUGCUGGGGACGCCGGCUGAGAUGUACAACUUCACGACGAUGUUUUGGUGGUCAUGCCUUGCAUUUGUUUUUGCAAUGGUCAUUGCCUCAGUUGUAUUCAUUCCAUUCUUCUAUAAUCUGAAUGUGACAAGUGUAUUUCAGUAUCUAGAGCUGCGUUUCAGCAAGCCUGUCCGUGUUCUCGCCUCCCUGAUCUACAUUGUGCAAACUAGUGCGUAUAUGUCGUUCGUCCUCUACGCCCCAUCACUGGCUCUAAAUGCAGUGACUGGACUGGAUCUAUGGGGAUCAGUGGUGGCUGUUGGAAUCAUUGUGACGCUAUAUACAGCUCUGGGGGGAAUGAAGGCUGUGUUGUGGACAGACACCUUCCAGGCUUUUGUCAUAUUAGCGGGGUUGUUGGCUGUUCUCAUCCAGGGUUCCAUCGUCAUGGGUGGCUUCCAGAACGCCUGGGACAUCGCCGGGAAUAGAUCAAGAAUUUACUUCAAUGACUUCAGCUUUGACCCCACUACCCGCCACUCUUUCUGGUCGGUUGUUGUGGGCGGGUCCUUUCUCUGGAUAUCACUGUAUGGAGUUAACCAGGCUCAAGUCCAAAGAGCCUUGUCUUGUCCGUCUGUAUUUAAAGCCAAGAUGAUAUUAUUUGUAAACCUGCCUGGCCUCAUCCUCAUAGUCAGCCUCUGCUGCAUGAUUGGCAUCGUCAUGUACGCCUUCUACGCCGACUGCCACCCCAUCAAGUUCAACAACCUAAUCAGCAAGUCAGAUCAGCUCCUGCCCUUAUAUGUAAUGGACAUCUUGGGCCAUAUUCCCGGAAUACCUGGAGUGUUUGUGUCGUGCAUCUUCAGCGGAAGUUUGAGCACCAUAUCCUCCUCCAUGAACGCUCUGGGCGCCAUCAUUCCCUGCGACCUCAUCAAGCCAUACUGCUGCCCCAACCUUUCUGAUAGGUCCAUGACCAUUCUUUCGAAGGUCAUAGUUGUCAUAUUCGGGGGUGUUGCUAUUGGCCUUGCAGUCCUCGUGUCUCAACUUGGGUCUGUGAUGCAGGCCUCCUACAGUGUGUACAGCAUCCUCAAUGGACCGUUGUUUGGGUUGUUUGUUCUGGGCAUGUUCUUUCCAUGGGCAAACGCAUGGAGCCCGCUGGUGGCCAAACAUUCCAAGAUGGUCGCCAAGAGAUUGCUGGACUUUUUGGGGGGGGUUGAGUCCCGUCCGGGAUAA